AACGCCUGGACUGUCUUAUCAUGGCAAAAAUAAAUUUGUUAUGUGCUUAUAUUAUUAUGUAGCGUGCUUUAAUCGUUAUGUGAUGUCCUUGUAUCAUUAUGUGGUGUGCUUUUAUCAUUAUGUGGUGUACUCCUUCUAUUAUGUGAUGUGCAUUCAUUAUUAUGGCGUGUGCAUUUGGUAUUAUGUGAUGUGCAUUUGGCAUUAUGUGAUGUGAAUUUGACAGUAUGUGAUGUGCAUUCAUCCUUAUGUGAUGUGCAGUUUUCAUUAUGGCAUGUGCAUAUAUCAUUAUGGCAUGUGCUUUUCUAAGUAUGUGAUGUGGUUCCGUCUUUACCGAAUGUACUUUUAAAGAUCAUUAUGCGAUAUGCUUUUUUCUUUACGCGAUGUACUUUUUUAUUCAUUACGUCAUGUACAAACAUCCUUUUGUUAUGUACAAACAUCAUUAUGUGGUGUGCAAACUUCGUUAUGAUGAUGUGAUGACGUCACACUAUCCGGGUCAUUUGGAAAAAUGGACGACAUUAAACUAAUUUUAAAAAACAUUGAUCUCCCAAAUUUAGCAAAUAACUUUGCGGAGGCAAAUGUAAACAACGUUGAUAUUUGCAAAAGUUUAAGCGAUGUAGAUCUAUCGAGGCUUGGAAUCGCCACGAUCGGCGAUAGGAUUCGUUUUAGGGAAGAGCUUAGACGCAUAUCACUUCCAUCUCAGAACAAUCAGCAUAACCAGCAUGAAAUACGAGCUUUAUUCAGACCAGUGAGGGGUACAUCUACAUCAGGAAGAAUUAAAAAGCAGAAGAAAAGAAGAACAUGGACCUGUGAAUUUAUUUGUCUGAGUGAAACAGAUGCGAUGAAAGUCCCAACAAGAGAGGAAAAACUUGCACUAGUUAAAGCGGGACUUGGCUCCAAAAAGAUCCAAUUUAAUGCAGAUGAUACAGAGGAGCUAUUUCAGCAGAAAUUGAUUGGUGAGGAUGGGUUCAGUAAGCUGAGUGACUGUGGUGGGUUUGAAAUAAUGAGAUGUAUAAGUAAUUGUAGAAACCUAGAAGUUAUUUCUUGUAGAAGAACCCCAGAAGUUAUGAAGUCCUUUGUGGGAUGUCAAAGUAAACUUUACAUCAGACCCAUACAACGUGCAUUGUCUCUUGAGGCCGACAAUUCUUUGUUAACAGAAGCUUCUGCUACCAUUACAGAAAAAUGUUGUCACUGUGAACAAAUAAUACCAAUAGAUGAACUCAGAGACCAUGUUUACACUUGUGUGCGAGAAAAGGAACUCUGUUCAGAUCAGAUUAUGAAUAUUGUGAUAGAGUGCUCCUCGCCCCAUGAAUCUCAAUAUUAUUCAGAUGAUCUCCCUGAUCCUGAAUUUGACAUUUAUAAUGCUGCCCUUACAGCUACAAAUAAUACUGAUCAAUUAACUAAUUCUGCAAUCCCAGUACCUAGAUCCAAUGAGACAGUACCAGUUUUAGAGCCACCAGUUAUUCCAUCCAGUUCAAUUGCAUCAACAGCAGAAAACUCAGCGGAAACGUCGAGAACGGAAGCUAGGACAGAAUCAUACAUACAGGAACCUAAUGCAGACUUGGUGGGAUCAACAGGAAAUUCGGAUUCAUGGAAAUAUGAAACUAUUUCAAAUAUAAUUAAAUUUUGCUCAGAAAAAAAGAUUGAGGAUCCUAUUGAAAUUUUGAAAAUUGCGCAAGAUAAAAUUAUUAAAGGCAGAAAACUGGAACUAGAAUCUGAAAGUGGAACAAUAGAAGGAGCGACCAAUUUUAUUUUGGUGGACAGAGAGAACCUGUUAGAGACAGCAUUUGUUGAAAUAAAAGAGAUUGUUGAUCUCAGAAAUACAUUGGAAGUCCAAUUUUAUGAAGAAAAUGCUGUUGACCUUGGUGGGCCUCGCAGAGAAUUUUUUACAUUGGUAUUGAGGCAGAUACAAGAACAUUACUUUGAUCCUGUUCGGGAAUACUCAGACAAUUAUGAAAUAGUUGGAAAGAUAUUGGCUUUAAGUAUGCUCCAAAGUGGACCUUUGCCAAGAGUGCUAUCAGCGAGUUUAGUUGAGGAGAGGACUGGAUGCAUUAUGUUUAUAUGA